CCAUGGAUCGGAAUUCUUCAUUUAUUCGGUUGCUAUAUAUAGGGCUAAAUAUUCAAAUUUGUUCUAAGCAGAGAAAAACAGAAAGAAAACAGAGUUUCUUACUAAUCCAAAACGAACCACCGUGAAAAUUGAAUUUCCGGUCAAAUUUCAAAUGGAAUCCUCUUACUUUUCGUUCAUCGAUUCCGAUUUCUCACCGGAAACUUCAUUCGGAUCAACUGAAUCAUCGUUCUCAUGGAAUGAAUUUUUCUCAAUCUCACUACAGGAAGAAUUUAUCGGGAAUCAAACAUCAGAAUCGGAAUCGAAAAUCGUAGUGAAAGAAGAAAUCGAAGUGAAUUCGAUUGAUUUUGAGGAGGAGAAACAUAGGAAGACGACGGAGAAGAGUUACAGAGGAGUGAGACGGCGGCCAUGGGGGAAAUACGCGGCAGAGAUUAGGGAUUCGACGAGACAUGGAGUUAGGGUUUGGCUUGGAACUUUUGAUAGCGCUGAAGCUGCUGCUUUAGCUUACGAUCAAGCGGCAUUUUCGAUGAGAGGAGCAAUGGCGGUGCUGAAUUUCCCGGUGGAAAUGGUGAGGGAAUCAUUGCAGGAUAUUAAGUAUCAAUUGGAAGAAGGGUGUUCGCCGGUGGUGGCUUUGAAGAGGAAACACUCAAUGAGAAGGAAGUCGUCAGCGGCAACGGCGGCGGUGGAGAAGAAGAAGAUGAAGAAAAAGAACAAUGUGGUGAUUUUGGAAGAUUUGGGAACAGAGUAUUUGGAAGAACUUUUGAUGCUAAGUUCAUGUGAGAGUUUAAAUCCUUUUUAAUUUUUUUUGAAUAUUUUUAUUUUUCAUGGAUUUGUGAGCUUCACAAUAGAGAAAAAGAAAAUGUAAAUAUAUCCCUUUCAUUUUUUUUCCAGUUAUUUUCAAUUACUUGUGAAAGUAAAAGAUUUUAGGGAUAUAAAGUAAAUUAAAGAGUAAAGUGAGGUUGUUGAUGAUAGUAAGUAGAAUGGUCUUAGACCAUCAAAUUUUUAUUUGUCAAUAAUGUAAUUUUAAUAUAAUUUUCUUGUUUGUUUGUUC